AUGAUUGGAGCAGUCAUCUGGGAUACUGGUCUUCUUAGCAGCGUGCCGUCCCUGUUGCUGGUGGGGCUGGCUAUCGGAGUAGCUGUUGUCAAUAUCCUUGAUAUCAAACGACCGGCAGGUUUCCCGCCUGGACCUACUCCGAUUCCAUUCUUAGGAAAUAUUCCCAAAUCUGACCAGCCACUUUGGAUAACUAUGGGAGAAUUAAGCAAGGAAUACGGAGACGUCUUCUCCCUAAAGUUUGGAGCUAAAUGGUAUGUGAUUCUGAACAGCUACCAAACCAUCAAGGAAGGUAUGGCAGUGCGGCCCUUGGCGCUCGCCAACAGACCUCAUUACUACACCAAAGAGAUAACUGAUUUGUGUGGUGCUUUACUGCGAGCUCAAAAGAAAGCUGCAAAGGACAAGAAUUACGACUUUCUGACUGAUGUGCAUGUCGUGCAGGUUCUGGCUUCUUCAUUCAGGGGUUCCAUUGGCCUCCUGACGAACACUUACUGGGGACUAGCCCUCCUAGCUGAGUACCCGCACGUCCAACAUAGAAUCGUCAAUGAGAUCCAUGAUGUCAUUGGGAGGGAUCGUCAGCCCUCUUUGAAUGAUCGAGAUGCUAUGCCAUACACCAGCUACAUACAUACAGCUACUGUGAUGGAAAUGCUGCGGUUUGGAUCCGUGGCUCCUCUGGGUGUGCCUAGGGCAGCUCAUGAAGAUGUAACAAUCGGUGGUUAUAAUAUCCCCGAGGGCACAACGAUAUUGUACAACAUCUACAGUACCCACUUCAGUGAUGUAAACUUCGCACAUUCUGAUGAAUUCAACCCGGAGCGAUUUCUAAACUCCGAUGGAUCAGUCCAUGCCUCACCAGACAAAGUCAUCCCAUUUGGGAUGGGAAUCCGCAAAUGUCUCGGCUACGUCUUUGCCCAGUCUAUCCUCUUCCUUGCCUUCACCCACCUACUGCAGGGAUAUCAGUUGAGCAAACUCGAUGGCCAACCCGGGAAUGGAAGCUUACUUGGUCAGGAUCCUAAAUAUGGAGGGUCGCGCUGGCCAAGUCCCUUCCGUCUUGAGGUGACCAAACGUGAUUGA